AUAAAUAAUAUGAUAAAUAAAAUAAUAAAUAAAUUAAACAAUAAAUAAAAUAAUAAGAAAAAUAAAGACAAAAGGAGAAGUAAAUUUAGAUGUUUUUAGUGUUACCUUUCAUUUAGAUAAAUAGGUAAAUAAUUCCGUGUGUAAAUGUAAAUAAAAGAAGAGAAAAUAUUUUUUUCGAAAAAACAUGGAAUAAAGGAAAAAGUUGAUAGGAAAUUUGAAGAGAAGAAAAAAUGUGAUUUUGUAGUGAAAAGUGGGGAAAAAAAGAAAAAUCGAGCACAAUGUCACUGACAGUGAUAUUAAAAAAUUUCCAAGGCUUGAAAAGCAAAGGAGAAAAAUUUGUACGAAUUGAUUUUCGAGAAGCUCCUUAUUAUUCUAAAAGCUUAGAGGAAAAUGCAGACCUAAUUACAGUUGAUCAAAAUUUUACGUGGAAUUUGGGAAGACCUGUUGACGAAAUUGAAAUACUACAUCUUGCUGUUAUAACACGUAAUGUAUUGAGACAAGAAAAAACAAUAGCGAGAUAUGGCUUGGUUUUGCAAACUGUCGUCAAAGAAGGUCGGAUUCUCAUUAGCGAUUCCCUGGUGGAUCUCAAUAACAGACCUCUUCCGACUAUUGUUUGCUUUGAAGUUCGAUAUACUGCCCCAAAUGAAAGUUGUAGUUCUUACGCACCAUCCGAAAUACUAGAGGAUGAACAGCAAAUGUUAAUAGAUGUUGAGCAAAAUAUUGCCAAUUUGGAGAGAAGUUUAGAACAAACAAAUGGCGGUAAAAGAAGAGGAUCAUUGCAACAUGGUGAUAAACCCCAUAAAAAGGGUUUUAUGCAGAGAGGAAUAUCAUUAACAAUAGGAGAAAGUUCAUCAGAAAGAAAGAGAACGUCAGCAUUUAAGAAUGUAAGGUCUCUAAUAAAAUUAGGAAAACAAAGACCACCAAGAGACAGAUCGUCUGAUAGUAAUUCAGAAUCACGUGAACUUCUCGAUAGACAGGAUUCAAGUUGCCCAACAUCCAAUGAACCAUCAAGAACAAAUUCUCUAUCCUCUUUAGAUAUUAAUCCUUCUGAUAAUGAAAGUCAACUCAGUCUAAACAACGAUGAGUCUGAAGAUGUAUACGUGAAACCUGUAAAAAAACCAAAACCCAAGAGCAGUGACACUGGACAGGGGGCAUUAAAAGCACAAGAUUAUCAAGUUUGCAUUACAAUUAUCGAAGCGAGACAAUUAGCAGGCCUUAAUAUGGAUCCCAUUGUGUGUGUUCAAGUUGGAGAUCAACGAAAAUAUACGAGCGUUAAAGAAUCAACGAAUUGUCCUUACUAUAAUGAGUAUUUUGUAUUCGACUUUCAUAUGCCGCCUGUAAUGCUCUUUGACAAGAUCAUCACUCUCUCGGUACAACAAUCACGAAACUUAUUGCGAUCGAAUGUGACACUGGGAAGUUUCAAAUUAGACGUGGCGACAGUGUGGUCUCAACCAGAUCAACAAUUUUAUCACAAGUGGGCAUUAUUGACGGAUCCUGAUGAUAUAACGAGUGGUCCUAAGGGUUAUUUAAAAUGUGAUAUAAGUGUGAUUGGAAAAGGUGACAGUGUAAAAAUUCCACCUAAAAGUGAAAAGGACGAGGAUGAUAUUGAAGGAAAUCUAUUGUUACCCGACGGUGUUCCCAUUGAAAGGCAAAAGGCAAAAUUUAUCGUUAAAAUUUACAGAGCCGAUGGCCUGCCAAAAAUGAACAGUAGCAUUAUGGCAAACGUGAAAAAAGUAUUCACCGGCGAAGUAAAGGAUCUCGUUGAUCCUUAUGUACUUGUUUCAUUCGCAGGAUUAAGUGGCAAGACGUCAGUCAAAAGGCACAGUUACGCUCCGGUUUGGAAUGAACAAAUUGUGUUUACCGAAAUGUUUCCUCCACUUUGUCAGAGAAUUAAAUUUCAAUUAUGUGAUAACGAUCCUUUACACGCUACAGUAAUAGGAACGCAUUUUGUCGAUUUGAAACAAAUCAGUAAUGAUGGUGAGAAGGGAUUUUUACCUACGUUUGGACCUGCGUUUCUUCACAUGUACGGCAGUAUUCGGGAUUAUAGUUUAAUUGAUGAACACUCGACACUUAAUACUGGUUUGGGAGAAGGAAUUUCGUACAGAGCGAGGGUGCUAAUUGCAAUUAGAACUGAAAUUACUGACAAUGUCGAUAUUGCCCCCUGUGAAGUCGAGGUUCAACCGGCCGUUCCUGUCAAUGAAUCGGCUUACGCCAGAAAUGAGGAAUUUUUUCUGUUCGCCAGUAUUAUGGACGCUACAAUGAUUGACAAAAAAUUAGGCGAUAAACCAAUGUAUUUUGAAAUUUCUAUUGGAAAUGCUGGGAAUGCUCUCGAUGGUCAUAAUGAGAGCUCCAAGGUUUGUGAUAUGAGCUCGUCAAUGGGUGGCAGCGGAGACGAAGAAGAAGUGCAACAAGUUGUUACUCGUUCUUGUCAAAGUACUACUCCAUCGAAUAAACCAAUGACCCACGAUAAGAUUUAUUAUUUUCUUCCAUAUUGGGACAAUAAACCGUGCCUUCAUGUUCGAAGUAUUUGGCCCGAUUACAGACGCAGAAUGUACAAUAGCAAUAUUAUCAAUAAAAUUGUAGAUAAACUGGAAGAAGGUCUCUCUGAAGUGCAGGUGCAUAUUGAGGAUUCAACAACUUGCGAGCGUCUCUUGAAAACAGUUUUAGAAGAAUUACACAGCAAUUGCAAUCGAUAUAUCAGUAUCAGUAAGUCGAGUACAACAGGUCCUGGUGUAGGAAAAACAAAACUCGACAAAGAGAGGGCAAAAUUAUGUCAAAUGGAAAUUGAAAAUAUGUCAGUUAUGGCGAGGAAUUUGAAAGCAAUCGUUACGAAAAGUAGCUUUAAAGAAAGAUUAAAAACAGCUCAGACAUAUUUGCAGAAACUCAAAUUUCUCAUUGAUGAUCCUCAAGAUUCACUACCCGACGUUUUUGUCUGGGUUAUAAGUUCAAGAAGACGAGUUGCUUAUCAUCGAAUUCCUGGAAGGGAUUUAAUUUACUCUAUUGUUGACGAAGAAUGCGGAAAAUAUUGUGCCAAGGUUCAAACUAUAUUUUUAAAGCUUCCAGGAAAAAAGAGAUACGGUCCAUCGGGUUGGACGAUUCAGACGAAAUUACAAAUUUACAUGUGGCUUGGAAUAAUGAAACAUAAAAAGUAUUUCAUUCAAGGAUUACCCCAUGGUUAUGAAAUUAGUCACGAAUUGAAGAAUAUUGAAAAACAAAGAGCUCUUCCUCCGUCUGUUAUUCAUUACGCGGAAAGACACAAAUUUCAAUUGAGGGCUCACAUGUAUCAGGCGAGAUCGCUUAUUGGAAGUGACGCUUCCGGUCUUUCGGAUCCAUUUGCACGCGUCAUUUGUGGAGAAUUUUGCAAAUCGACACAAGUUAUUGACGAGACAUUGAGUCCAACUUGGGAUGAACUUUUAGUUUUCGACGAUAUUUUAAUUUUUGGAACUGAAGAGGAAAUAAAAAAAGAUCCACCGUCAAUAGUCAUUGAAAUAUUCGAUCAAGACAAAGUGAGUCAUUUUCUGUCUAUGGACACAAAAACAGUGCAUGAGGGGUCUGCUUUAACAGGAAAAUCGGAAUAUAUUGGCCGUGCAUUGGCACGACCACACGUGAAACUUGCCUUUGAAUCGUACAUACCACCGCAUUUUCCACCGUCUCUCGAAUGGUUCGAGAUAACCCGAGGCGCUGGCCGUGCUGGUGAAUUGUUGGCUGUUUUUGAACUUCUCGAAUAUCCCGCAUCAAAAGAACUCAGCUUUCCAACGCUUCCGGAUGCCAAACCCUUUAGGGAUCAAGAUGUUGGACCAAUGUUACCAGUUCCUCUUGGCAUUCGUCCAACCUUAUCAAAAUAUCGAAUUGAAGUAUUAUUUUGGGGUUUACGAGACUUGAAAAGAAUUCAUUUGCUGACGGUGGACAAGCCAAGAGUGGAUGUUGAAUGUGCUGGUCACAUACUGUAUUCAUCUAUUAUAUCGAACGCAAAGAAGAAUCCGAAUUUUAAUACACCAAUAAAGUUUCUCGAAUUAGAUUUACCGGAGCAGGAACUUUAUCGACCACCACUGACUAUCAGAGCCGUUGAUUGUCGGAGCUUUGGACGUUAUACGCUUGUCGGAACUCAUACAAUUAAUUCCAUUCAUAAAUAUAUGUACACACCGCAUACAAAAAGGGCACGAGAUUUAGAGGAAAGAAAAAAGAGUUUGUUUCAAUUGCAAUGUACUCCAGAUUCAUUUACUACCGAAUUUGAACAUAAUAAUGGCGAUACAACUAUAAUAUUGGGCUGUGAAUUAAUGAAAUGGUCAUCGAAGAAAGACAAAACUGAACAAAAUAUACGAAGAAAGCAGAGUUUAGUUACAGAUGGUAGCGCAGGUGAUUUGGAAUCACUUGACGAUGAUGAUGGCUGUCAAGACUGGUGGACAAAAUAUUUUGCCUCAAUUGAAGCCGUAAUAGAGGAAAAUAAAGAAAUUCGUCGUGAAAAAUCAAUAUUUCCAAAUUCCCGCAACAAUAAUGAGAAUAUACCAAAUUUUUUCGAAGAAGAUUUCACAAACAGUCAAAUGAUUGUGACACACGACAAAAGUCCUGGUGUUCAAUCGACAAAAAAAUUAUUUAGUUUAAAAUCAUCGUCAAAUGCCGCGCGUUUUGUGGCAAAAUUAAGUCCCAAACAUGUAACGCGCAAGAAGCAUUAUAAUAGAAUUGCCCUAUUAAAAAUUUAUCCCAAGGAAUUGGAGGCACAAUUGGAAUUUGAACAUUUCAAAGAAUGGCUACAUUCAUUUGAACUUUAUCGUGGUAAAAAAACAAACGACGAACCCGAAGAUGAAUCACGAAUUGUUGGCAAUUUUAAGGGCGCAUUAAAAGUUUAUAAAUUACCAUUACCAAAAGAUUUAAUCGAUCAUACAAUUAUGGGUUUUGAUCCUCAAGAUGGAUUUUUUCAAGGUUUACCAUCUAACGAACCAAUUCACGUGCUCGUUAGAGUUUAUAUUGUUAAGGCUAAUGAUUUGCAUCCUUCCGAUUUGAAUGGAAAGGCCGAUCCUUACAUUGUCCUUCAACUUGGCGGUAAAAGAAUCAGUGAUAAGGAAAAUUACGUGUCCAAGCAAUUGAAUCCAGUUUUUGGAAAGUGUUUUGAAAUUGAAGCGACUUUUCCUCAGGAUUCAUUAUUGACUGUGCAAAUUUUAGACUGGGAUUUAGUUGGUUCUGAUGAUAUGAUUGGCGAGACAAAAAUUGAUUUGGAAAAUCGAUUUUACAGUAGGCAUCGAGCAGUUUGUGGAAUUCCACGAAGAUACGACGAAUCUGGUUAUAAUAAAUGGCGGGACGCUAUGAAACCGACGCAAAUAUUGUCAAAACUUUGUAAGGAUGCGAAAAUAGAUGGUCCCGUUUAUACUCCAGGACGUGUUUCAAUCGGAAGAAAAACCUUUUCCAUCGCAAAGGAAGAAAUGGAAUUUUAUAUCCACUCCAAGGCUAUGGAAGAACACUUGGCUUUGGCGGUGCUUCAUCAAUGGAACGCGUUUCCUCGAAUUGGAUGCAGUUUAGUUCCCGAGCAUAUUGAAUGCCGUUCGUUAUAUAAUCCCGAGAAACCAGGAAUUGAACAGGGUAAAUUGGAAAUGUGGGUCGACAUGUUUCCAAUGGAUAUGCCUUUGCCAGGCCCACCUCUCGAUAUAUCGCCGAGAAAACCAAAAAGUUAUGAGCUCAGAAUAAUCAUUUGGAACACGGACGAUGUGGUUCUUGAAGAUGAUGCUUUUUUCACUGGUGAAAAAAUGAGCGACAUUUAUGUAAAAGGAUGGUUAAAGGGACCAGAAGAUUGUCAGUCAACGGAUAUUCACUAUCGUUCAUUAACUGGCGAAGGGAAUUUUAAUUGGCGUUUUAUAUUUCCGUUCGAUUAUCUCGUCGCCGAAGAGAAGAUUGUUAUUAAUCGAAAAGAAAGUUUAUUCAGUUGGGAUGAAACUGAAUGCAAGAUUCCAGCUCGUUUGGAAUUACAGGUCUGGGAUUCUGAUCAUUUUUCAUCGGACGAUUUUCUCGGUGCGUUGACACUCGAUUUAAAUCGAUUUCCACGGGGUGCGAAAAACAGUAAAUUAUGUACAUUAAGUAUGUUGAAAAAUGACGGUUCAGUUCCAACUGUUAAUAUAUUUAAGCAAAAAAGAAUUAAAGGCUGGUGGCCGUUUUACGUGAAAAAGGAAAACGACGAAAUGGAAUUAACGGGAAAAGUUGAAGCUGAAAUACAUUUAUUAACGAAAGAAGAAGCUGAAAGAAAUACAGCCGGUUUCGGUAGAAAUGAACCUGAUCCACUUGAUAAACCAAAUCGGCCAGACGCUUCCUUCAUGUGGUUCGUGAAUCCACUGAAAUCAAUAAAAUAUAUCGUUUGGCAUAAUUAUAAAUGGGCCAUAUUGAAAGCAACUUUCGUUAUUGCAUUGAUAAUUUUAAUUAUUCUCUUCUUCUACGCCAUUCCCGGCUACAGCGUAAAAAAGCUCUUAGGUGCCUAAAUUUGGAGAAAGAAAAUCCAACUUCAAAUAUUGUAUACAAAAAAAAAAAAAAUUAAAUAAUCCAAAGAAUUUUAUUGCUCAGCUAAAACUAGAAUAUUUUCACAAAAAUCUAUUAUAUCUUUACAUUGACUUAUUGCAUGACUAUCAAAUUUUAAAAAACUAUAUUUCAAUUUUUAACUAUACAAUAAUUUAUAUUUAAAAGAAAAAUAAGUUAAAAUAUAAAAAAAAUUUAUUAGAAAAAAAUUUCUAAUGUGAUGCACAAAAAUUCUUUUUUAUACACUUCAUUAUAGUUACUACACAUUUAAAGGCCAUAAAUUGCAAAUAUUAGCAGAAGAAAAUCGAUGAUUUUUCUUUUAUAAACUACUGCAUGAAUAAUAAUUUUUAAUAAAACCCAAUUUCGUGCAGUAAAUUAUAAAAAAAAAUUCUCGAUAAAUUUGUAAUUCCUUUUCGUGUAUUUUAAAUGCUUCGUAUAUUAAACGAACAAAUAUUUUACUGUAAUAAUUAUUGUAAUUAUCAAUGAAAAAAAAGAAGAAAUCUAUGUAUUGUAAAUAAGAUCGCGGAAAAUAUCGCAAAAAUAUUUUAUUUAGAAAAAUUAAUCUUCCUUGAAAAAUACAAAAGCUGUGAAGAAAUAGUUAUGAAA